GAAGCUCAUCAGCAACAACACAAUCAAACCUCUCAGAUUCAAAAUCUCAUCUCUUCCCUCAAACCUCAUGGCUCGUACCAAGCAGACGGCGAGAAAAUCCACCGGAGGAAAGGCACCAAGGAAGCAGCUCGCGACCAAGGCGGCGAGGAAAUCAGCUCCGGCCACCGGAGGAGUGAAGAAGCCCCACAGAUUCCGUCCCGGAACGGUGGCGCUAAGAGAGAUCAGGAAGUACCAGAAGAGCACCGAGCUCCUGAUCCGCAAGCUCCCGUUCCAGCGUCUGGUCCGCGAGAUCGCGCAGGAUUUCAAGACGGAUCUGCGUUUCCAGAGCAGCGCCGUCGCGGCGCUCCAGGAGGCGGCGGAAGCUUACCUCGUCGGGCUCUUCGAGGACACGAAUCUUUGCGCGAUUCACGCGAAGAGGGUCACGAUCAUGCCUAAGGAUAUCCAGCUCGCGAGGAGGAUCAGAGGCGAGAGAGCUUAAGGAAGAUCGAAGCGUUUUCGUUUUGUCUAUUUAGUCAAGUUUGUGGAGUAUGUUUGCGUGUAUGUUGUUCGAUGAAUUGCCUCAAUGAAUCAAUUAUCAUAUUCUAUCUUAA